AUGGGCAACGUGACCAAAAUAAAGUUUCAGUAUUUUAAGCCGCUAGAAAAGGGGACAGAGGAGCGCAAGACGGGCGGGAGCGUAGGGCGGCCGCGGGGACGCUGCGCCGGCCGAGAGGGCGGGGCUCAUAGGCCAGGAAGGGGCGGGAUUUUCUUGAGGGGCGUGGUCUGCCGGGAGGGCUGCCCCUGCCAGCGCCGCAGGCUGCGGGAUCCCAGAGAUCCCAGCGUGUCCUCCGAAGACACCGGGACCCCCACGCGCCAGCAGCGGCUUCCCCGGGAACGUCCUUCAGCUCCGGGAGCACGCGGGAAAAGCCCCAACACACCAAUGAGCGAGCGCCUUCCUCAUGACGACGCGCUAUCCAUUGGGCGCUGUGCGUGGGCCGCGGGGCGGGGCCAGGGCGGGUGCGCGGCGGCGGCGGGGUGGCUGGGCCGGCGGCGGCGGCGGUACGAGGCGCGCGCUCGGGGUCCUGGUCGCGAGGAGGAGGAGGAUGUGGCGCGCGGAGGGAAAUGGCUGCCGAAAACAAGCCGGAAGAGCGUUUCCCAAAGUGUAUUCUGCGGAACUAGCACCUACUGUGUUCUCAACACCGUGCCACCUAUAGAAGAUGAUCAUGGGAACAGCAAUAGUAGUCAUGUAAAAAUCUUUUUACCGAAAAAGCUGCUUGAAUGUCUGCCGAAAUGUUCAAGUUUACCCAAAGAGAGGCACCGCUGGAACACUAACGAGGAAAUUGCGGCUUAUUUAAUAACAUUUGAGAAACACGAAGAAUGGCUAACCACAUCCCCUAAGACAAGACCUCAGAAUGGCUCCAUGAUACUCUACAACAGGAAGAAAGUGAAGUACAGGAAAGACGGGUACUGUUGGAAGAAGAGGAAAGAUGGGAAAACGACCAGAGAGGACCACAUGAAGCUCAAAGUCCAGGGAGUCGAGUGCUUGUACGGCUGCUAUGUCCAUUCCUCCAUCAUUCCUACUUUCCACCGGAGGUGCUACUGGCUCCUUCAGAACCCCGACAUCGUCCUGGUGCACUACCUGAAUGUGCCGGCCAUCGAGGACUGUGGCAAGCCCUGCGGGCCCAUCCUCUGCUCCAUCAACACAGACAAGAAGGAGUGGGCCAAGUGGACGAAGGAGGAACUCAUCGGGCAGCUGAAACCCAUGUUCCAUGGUAUCAAAUGGACCUGCAGCAAUGGGAAUAGCAGCUCCGGCUUCUCCGUGGAGCAGCUGGUGCAGCAGAUCCUCGACAGCCACCAGACCAAGCCCCAGCCACGGACCCACAACUGCCUCUGCACCGGCAGCCUGGGUGACGGCAGCAGCGUGCAUCAUAAGUGUAACAGUGCCAAACACCGCAUCAUCUCACCAAAGGUGGAGCCGCGGGCCGGGGGCUACGGGGGCCACUCCGAAGUUCAACACAACGACGUGUCGGAGGGCAAGCAUGAACCCAGCCACAGCAGGAGCACAAGCCGGGAAAAGAGGAAUGGCAAGGUGGCCAAGCCGGCACUGCUGCACCAGAACAGCACGGAGGUUUCCUCCACCAACCAGGUGGAGGUCCCCGACACUACCCAGAGCUCCCCUGUGUCCAUCAGCAGCGGGCUCAACAGUGACCCAGACAUGGUAGACAGCCCAGUUGUCACAGGUGUGUCCAGCAUGGCAGUGGCUUCUGUGAUGGGGGGACUGUCCCAAAGUGCCACAGUGUUCAUGUCAGAGGUCACUAAUGAGGCCGUGUACACCAUGUCCCCCACCGCUGGCCCCAACCACCACCUCCUCUCGCCUGAUGCUUCUCAGGGCCUUGUACUGGCUGUAAGUUCUGACGGCCACAAGUUUGCCUUCCCCACCACGGGCAGCUCGGACAGCCUGUCCAUGCUGCCCGCGAAUGUGUCCGAAGAGUUGGUCCUCUCCACCACCCUUGACGGUGGCCGGAAGAUUCCAGAGACCGCCAUGAACUUUGACCCCGACUGUUUCCUCAAUAACCCAAAGCAGGGCCAGACGUACGGGGGUGGGGGCCUGAAAGCCGAGAUGGUUAGCACCAAUAUCCGCACUUCGCUUCGUUCCAUGGAGAGGAGCUACUUCACCAGCGUCCUCACCAAGGAGAUCAAGACAGAAGACACCUCCUUUGAGCAGCAGUUGGCCAAAGAGGCGGCCUACUCCUCCUCAGCGGCGGCAGCGGCGGCGGCGGCGGCGGCGGCGGCUGCAGCAGCGUCCAGCUCCCUCACCCUGACUACGGGGUCUAGCCUCCUGCCGUCGGGCGGUGGCCUGAGCCCCAGCACCACCCUUGAGCAGAUGGACUUCAGUGCCAUAGACUCUAACAAGGACUACACGUCCAGCUUCAGCCAGACAGGCCACAGCCCCCAUAUCCACCAGACCCCCUCCCCCAGCUUCUUCCUGCAGGAUGCCAGCAAACCCCUCCCCCUUGAGCAGAAUACCCACGGCAGCCUAAGCGAGUCGGGGGCCGCCUUUGUGAUGCCCACGGUGAAAACGGAGGCCUCCUCCCAAACCAGCUCUUGCAGUGGCCACGUGGAAACGCGGAUAGAGUCUACUUCCUCCCUGCACCUCAUGCAGUUCCAGGCCAACUUCCAGGCCUUGGCAGCAGAAGGGGAGGUUACCAUGGAGACCUCGCAGGCAGCUGAAGGGAGUGAGGUCCUCCUCAAGUCUGGGGAGCUGCAGACCUGUGGCUCCGAGCACUACCUGCAACCAGAGACCAACGGGGUGAUCCGCAGCGCAGGUGGCGUCCCCCUUCUCCCGAGCAAUGUGGUGCAGGGACUCUACCCCGUGGCCCAGCCCAGCCUGGGCACCACCUCCAACAUGGAGCUCAGCCUGGACCACUUUGACAUUUCCUUCAGCAAUCAGUUCUCAGACCUGAUCAAUGACUUCAUCUCUGUGGAGGGGGGCAGUGGUACGAUCUACGGGCACCAGCUGGUGUCGGGGGACAGCGCUGCACUCUCACAGUCGGAAGAUGGGGCACGGGCACCCUUCACCCAGGCGGAGAUGUGCAUUCCCUGCUGCAGCCCCCAACAGGGCAGCCUGCAGCUGAGCAGCGCUGAGGGCGGGCCCAGCACCAUGGCCUACAUGCAUGUGGCCGAGGUGGUCUCGGCCGCCUCGGCCCAGGGCACCCUGGGUAUGCUGCAGCAGAGCGGACGGGUGUUCAUGGUGACUGACUAUUCCCCAGAGUGGUCUUACCCAGAGGGAGGAGUGAAGGUUCUCAUCACAGGCCCAUGGCAAGAAGCCAGCAAUAAUUACAGUUGCCUGUUUGACCAGAUCUCCGUGCCUGCAUCCCUGAUUCAGCCUGGGGUGCUGCGUUGUUACUGCCCAGCCCAUGACACGGGUCUUGUGACCCUACAAGUUGCCUUCAACAAUCAGAUCAUCUCCAACUCGGUGGUGUUUGAGUACAAAGCUCGGGCUCUACCCACACUCCCUUCCUCCCAGCACGACUGGCUGUCAUUGGACGAUAACCAGUUCAGGAUGUCCAUCCUGGAGCGGCUGGAGCAGAUGGAGAGGAGGAUGGCCGAGAUGACCGGCUCCCAGCAGCACAAGCAGGCGAGCAGCGGAGGCGGUGGCAGCGGCGGGAGCAGCAGCGGGAGCGGCUCCGGAGGGGGCCAGGCCCAGUGUGCAUCCGGCGCCGGGACCCUGGGGAGCUGCUUUGAGAGCCGUGUGGUUGUCGUCUGUGAGAAGAUGAUGAACAGAACCUGCUGGGCCAAGUCCAAGCAUCUGAUCCAUUCGAAGACGUUCCGUGGAAUGACCCUCUUACACCUGGCUGCCGCCCAGGGCUACGCCACCCUGAUCCAGACCCUCAUCAAGUGGCGCACAAAGCACGCAGACAGCAUUGAUUUGGAACUGGAAGUCGAUCCUCUCAACGUGGACCACUUCUCCUGCACUCCCCUGAUGUGGGCCUGUGCGCUAGGGCACUUGGAGGCAGCUGUGGUACUGUACAAGUGGGACCGCCGGGCCAUCUCCAUCCCCGACUCUCUGGGACGGCUGCCUUUGGGAAUCGCCAGGUCGAGGGGCCACGUGAAGUUAGCAGAGUGUCUGGAGCACCUGCAGAGAGACGAGCAGGCCCAGCUGGGACAGACCUCCCGGAUCCACUGCGCCCCGAGCGAAGAGCCAAGCACAGACAGCUGGAUGGCCCAGUGGCCGAGGGAGGCCGUGAGCUCUCCGGAAAUACCCAAGGGGGUCACCGUCAUCGCGAGCACCAAUCCAGAGCUGAGAAGACCUCGGUCUGAACCCUCUAAUUACUACAGCACUGAGGGCCACAAAGAUUAUCCGGCUCCCAAAAAGCAUAAAUUGAACCCCGAGUCCUUCCAGGCAAGGCAGGAGAAGCUGCUCUGCACUGCACUGAGCCUGGAGCAGCCAAAUAUCAGGAAGCAGAGCCCUAGGUCUAAGCAGUCUUCCCCCGAGACAAUCAGCCCCAGUGAAGGAGUGAGGGGGUACAGCCGAGAAGCCUCCCCUCCCACUCCAGAGACCGCAGCAUCCCAGGCGUCUGCAUCUCAGCCCGUAGUAAAGUGGAGUUCCAAAGACCCUUAUAUUGGUGUGUCUACAGUACAGGUGACUGGAAAUCCGAAGGGGACCAGUGUAGUAAAGGACGCGGCACCCUCACAGGUGCGUCCGAGGGAACCAAUGAGCGUCCUGAUGUUGGCUAACAGAGAGGUGGUGAAUACAGAGAUGGGGGCCUACCGGGAUAGGACAGAGCACGAGGAAUGCUCCCAGCCCAUGGAUGAUAUUCAGGUGAACAUGAUGACCCUGGCGGAGCACAUUAUCGAGGCCACACCGGACAGAAUCAAGCAGGAGACCUUCGUGCCCUUGGAAUCAGCCUCGGAGAGAUCAGAUCCGGCCACCAUUAGCAGUACGAUGAGCUGGCUGGCCAGUUACCUAGCUGAUGCUGACCGUCUGCCCAGCGCUGCCCACAUCAGGAGUGCAUACACUGAGCCCAUGACUCCGUCCUCUAACGCCAGCCUGAGCCCCACGGGCUCUCCAGUCAGCGAGGUGGCUUUCGAGAAACCCAGCCUCCCGUCGGCGGCUGACUGGUCGGAGUUCCUGAGCGCGUCCGCCAGCGAGAAGGUGGAGAGUGAGCUCGCUCAGCUCACACUGUCGGACCACGAGCAGCGAGAACUCUACGAGGCUGCCAGGCUCGUCCAGACGGCCUUCCGGAAGUACAAGGGCAGACCCCUGCGGGAACAGCAGGAAGUGGCUGCAGCCGUCAUCCAGCGCUGUUACAGGAAGUACAAGCAGCUGACAUGGAUAGCCUUGAAGUAUGCACUUUACAAAAAGAUGACACAAGCAGCCAUCCUCAUCCAGAGCAAAUUCCGAAGUUACUACGAGCAGAAGCGGUUUCAGCAGAGCCGGCGCGCUGCAGUGCUGAUUCAGAACUUCUACCGGAGCUACAAGAAGUGCGGCAGGAGACGGCCAGCCCGCAGGACAGCGGUCAUCGUGCAGCAAAAGCUCAGGAGCAGUUUGCUGACCAAAAAGCAGGACCAAGCUGCUCGAAAAAUUAUGAGGUUUCUGCGCCGCUGUCGUCACAGCCCCCUGGUGGACCAUAGGCUGUACAAAAGGAGUGAAAGAAUUGAAAAAGGCCAAGGAACUUGAAGACACACAGCAGCAUCCCUUAGCAAUGUGACAUUGCUUCUCAGACUUUCCAUUUCUGUUUUUAGCAGAGACAUGCAACAACACACACGCUCGUGCGCACACACACACACACACACACACACACACACACACACACAAUCCCUCUGCAGUUCUGGGGAGUCAGCUGCAGGAUUUUAACGAGAACGUUUGGUCAUUACAUUUGCACUCUCAUGGACAACUUUUAAUUUGAUCAGCAAGACAUCUUGGAACUCAAUCUUCUGUUGGAUCACAGGAAAAAAAACAAGACACCAGGAGGAACUGGAAGGGCUUCAUCUUAGGAGGAAGCUGCUUUCCUUGUCAUUAGGGCUGUAUUCAAACAUCGUGUGGAACUGUACAAAUAUUUAUACCAAAAAUAUAGAUAAGAACAGGCGGGGCGACGUCAGCCACACGAGGAGCGCUGCGCCUGCACCUGCGGUGACUUCCAAGAAGCUGAAUCCUUGGUUCUCAGUGGAGGGCUUAGAUCACCCGAGUCGUGCCAGUCCGCCUGUCCUCAUCUUCACUGUUCACUUUUGAGUUUCCGUUCUGUUUUGUUUUCCUUUCCGUCGUCCGUCCGUUGGUUUGUCCGUCCGUCCGUUUGAAUCUCUACAGCACACUUAAUGCAACUUUUGAAAUCUGCAGGUUUUUAAUGUCUUGUGAAAAUUUGCAGAGGGGUGGGUGUGUGUGGCAAACGGGUAAUGCACGGGAAGUAAUGAGAAAUAACAUACGUAACUUAAAUUCAUUUUCUUGCCCCCCAACCACCACCUCCCAGGAACCUGCAAGGAUAGUGACCACCCCGUCCCUUUUCAUGGUCAGCACUUUAGUUUGUCUGCCCCACUCUCUUGCAGUGAGGAUUACUUAAGACUUGGUAACGCAUGUAGCCUUUUUUUAGUAACCUUGGAAACCGUAGUAAUUCCAAGGGGUCAUAAACCUUGCCUGGACAUUCGCCACCUAAACGACCAGUGUGGUGCUGCAUUCUGGCCAGUAAAUUCCAUGUUUUGGCUCUUAUCUCAUCCAAGCGGAGUGGUUUCUGUGUACAUACAAAAAGGUAGAAAUGAAAAAAAAAAAAAGAAAGCGAGAGAAUAUUUGAAAGGGGUUAUAUUAAUUGCUAAAUAUUUUAUUCACAGAGGUCAAUAACAUGGCAAGAUGAAAUUAUUUGUAUAGUUUUCUCCGAAUGAGCGAGAACAAUGUGGAUGUAUUGUUUGUAUAUAUUGUAUAUAUUAAAACAAAGAUGUGCAUGAAAUCCAGAAAAAGAAAAAAAAAGCAAAGCAUUAGUGGCUAUGGUCUGUACAAUGAAACAAAAAAAAAAACUUUAUUUCACUAUAAGAGUACUUUAUUUUAAAUGUUCUGUAGAAGAACAUUUUGCAAAAGCAUGACCUGCAAAAAAAAAAAUAAAAAUAAAAAAGAGCUACUGUAUUUAGACUUAGGAAAAGAGGCAGAGUAGCAUUACUUUAAAAAAAAAAAAAAGGAUAUGUUUACAUUUAAUUUUGGCUAUCAGGAGUUUAUUUUAUUUUAUUUAAAAAAUAAUUUUUUUGCCAAAGGUGCCAAGUAAUGUGAAUGCUGAUAUUGCUUACGAAAAUUAAGUUACUUUUGCAAAAUAGAUAAUCAUAAGAUGAAUCCUUAGAGACCUUAACACCAUCCACUCACACCAACAAAGAACAUUAGGACGAUCAACGUUUAUCAAAAAAAAAAAAAAUUAGAAAAUGAGAAAAAUGACACGUUUUCAUAUCUCCUGCUGGAAAAUAAAUAAAAAAGAAUAAAAGUUGCUCGUAAGACAAAAUAAAAGUGAAACACGGUGGAGAUUGGUGUUGAAGGAAGGGUGCCACGGUACAGUACUUUCCAGGUAAUGAGGAGCCAAAGAAUUCCGAUGCUUUCAAAGCUAACCUAUGUCAAACGGAGAGAACCAAUUUUGCAUUUGCUAAUUGCCAGUUUAAAAUUCCCAGGUUAAGUGUGAGAAAUGGUUGGUAUGAGAUUUUUUUCUUCUAGAAAAACAAAAAACAAAAAACCAACAUGGUCUGGCUGCCAACCGUGAGUUAAAACUCAAGGCUUGUUGUGAAGCCUAAAAAUAUUCACAAAUGAGCUUUAAGCUGGUGUCUUCAGAAGGGAGGUAGAAACAAAAGGAUUGUGGUAAAAAUAAAUAAAUAAAUAAAACUGGGGUCAGUGCUCUCGGUGCCUUUUCUAUAAUUGUACUUGUUUUUUAAUUACUUCCUUUCACUGCCAACCUCAAAUUACUGUACAGUACAUGUCUUUCUGCUUGUGAUCAGCUUGGAACAGCGACAGCCCCACAGCUAGGAGCCACCUGUACAUUUGUAAGCUGACCUGACCCAAUUUUGGUUUUACAUGUGUGGGUUAUGUUGCAGCUGUUGCAAUCCUCGACCCCCCCUACCCCCCCACCCUGGACAUACCCAUUAUUUUACACAAUUUGACCUGUCUGAGGACACUGAGUGAUUUACAUAAACAAUUGUAUUCAUAACAGGGAGUAGAACAUAAAGCCAGCUCUUUCAGAACAUCCUAUCUCAGUCAUGGAUUUGGAUACAUUCACUCCAUUGCUUAUGGUUCAGAUGAAUGAUCGUUUGACCAGAGCGGUGACCUAGGUGGAUUUGCUUCAAACCCUCACAUUUAUUUUUCCUAAAUGUUUCACAUGCCACAUUAUUAACUGAAUGAGUUGGAAAACUCUGGAAGAUAGAGACUUACAUAGAAAUAGUUCUUAGGGAGGGGAUAGAAGUAGGGUCAAAACCUACCAGUGCGACUGUGAAUUCUAGGUGAAGUCGAAGCGUACUUCCACUGACACAAAGCAUUUCUGACCACCUUCUUUGAUUGUGACUCUUUUAAUUUUGAAUAUAAGGUGAUAGGUAGGCGCAGCUUUCUUGGAUAAUCUGAAUUCCCAAGUGCCAGGAGUAGGAUUUCAUGAUAAAAAUUAAUAGCUAAUCUUAUUCUGUCUCCUGAAGAUUUAAUUGCUAUCCUUAUUACCCAUUCAAAAAUCAGCUGUACUGUGUGAAUGAAAUAAAGACAUUAAGACGAACCCCUUUCUGGCUGCACGGUCGCUUACGGCAGUUCCACACAGUAGUUGGCGCCCAACGGGGGGUCCCUGAGACUUGCAUGUAAAACUAGUCUAGAUGUCUUCUUUUUUUUGUAAGUUUUAUUUUUGUUAAUUGUGCAUGUAAAGCAUCAUGGAGUCAAUGGAUCUGUUGAAGAACUCAGCUGCUGGAAACCAUGCAAAAUGUUUUGAAUUGCCCUUAAAAAUAUGGAAAAUGUUUUCUGAAUGCUUUCUAUUCUUCCUGCUGUAAAUUAAAAAUGAAGAAAAUUUCCCCAUA